AUGGCCGCGACGCAAAUUGGCUGGUACGGCCUCGGCUCCAUGGGCCUCGCCAUGGCAAGCAACCUGCAGCGACAUCUCGCUGCCAAAAAGGCCCUGGGACUGGUCUAUUCCAAUCGCACUCUGUCUCGUGGCGAGCCAUUGCGAGAACUAGGCGGUGUGCCCGAGAAGACAUUUGGCGAUGUGGUGCAGAAGUCGGGCAUUAUUUUUACUAUGGUCUCCAACGACGCCGUCCUCAAAACGCUAAUAACCAGCAUCGUUGAAUCCGGCACGCCCCUGGCCCAAAAAAUCUUCAUCGACUGCUCCACUGUGCACCCGCAAACCAUCACAUCGAUUUCAGCCCAACUCUCCGCGCAAAGCGCCUCAUUUCUGUGUGCGCCAGUCUUUGGCGGCAACCCCGUCGCGGCAGCAGGUAAACUAGUCUUUGCGCUGGCCGGCGCGACGCCCGAUGUCCGCGAGAAUCUCAUCAAGCCGCUUAUCCAAGAUGUAAUGGGUCGCAAAGUGAUUGACUGCGGCGAGGACCCGGCCAGAUCGUCUCUGCUCAAAAUUGCGGGCAAUAUUGUUACCGUCUCCCUGAUGGAGACUGUGGGCGAGGCGCAGGUAUUUGCUGAAAAGACCGGGUUGGGCACGGAUGCGAUGGAGGAGUUGAUUACUGAGGCUUUUGGGCCUAUUGCGGGCGGGUAUUCGAAACGAUUAACAACAGGCGCCUACGCCCCCCCGCUCACAACGCGUCCGGGCUUCGGCGUCUCUCUAUCAAUCAAAGACGCUGUUCAUGCACUGGACAUCGCAAAAGAAAAAGGCGUUGAGCUGCCAUCCGUGGAAUUAGCGAAGCAGAACAUGUCUUCUGCAAGAGAUUAUGCCGGAGAGUGUUUGGACAGUUCGUCCAUGUACGGCAUUUUGAGGCAGAAGGCGGGUCUGGCGUUUUGGAAUGAGAAGAGUAGACAAGGUGGUCAAUAG